CAUCACCCAGUUGUGCUUUUAAAUGCAUUAGAAGUGUUGGGAUACAGAGUCAUAAGCUCAUUUCAUGUGAAUCCUGAUAGUUGUGUGUGGACUAUGCGUAAAGAUUUUCCAGAACCUUGCCCUGAGCCAUCUGAUGAAGAAGAGAGUGAUUCUGCCCCAGAGAUUGAUUAAAGGAUAAAACAUGGAGCAAUGCACCCAUCACAACUGCCAGCACACUGCAUCUGCGAGUCAAACAUUAGAAGAAAUGGAUUUUGAAAGAGGACCGUGGUCUGCUGCACUUGAUGGGGAUUUGAACCGUCUUAGUAAGCUUCUGCAAAAGAUGAAUGCUGAUGCAGUUGACACAUCAGGAUACAGUUCUCUGCACUAUGCUUCAAGAGCUGGGCACUUGGAAGUUGUAAAAUACUUAGUAGCACAUGGUGCUAAUGUUAAUCUUUCUACACGGAAUAAUCAGAGUUCACCUCUUCAUCGCGCCUGCCAACAAGGACAUUUAUUAGUGGUAAAAUUUCUGUUGCAGAAUGGAGCAGAUGCUGGAUUACAGGAUUCUGAUGGGUGUACUCCACUUCAUAGAGCAGCGUUAGCUAAUCGUACAGAUGUAUGUCAACUAUUGAUAUCUCACAAUCCGCAGCUUGCCCAUAUUUCAGAUUUACGUAGCCGUUUACCAAAAGACUGCUGUUCAAGUGCCACUUUAAAACAGCUGCUAACUGCUUAAUUUUGUUCUCAAACGUAAAUGAUUGAAACCAAUCAAGUGCCUUUCAACAUUCCACUUUGUGCUUUAUUUCUUAAGUCGUCGAUUUUUCCCAUGUUUUACUCGAUAAACUUAAUUUCUUUGUUUAUUCUGCGUGCCUUGAAUUUUCACUUGCAGCAAUCUUUAGAUAAAUCUUAGCUGUAGUUUAAUUUUGUAAUCAGUUGCCAAAUUAUCUCACCGCUUUUUAGCUAGCUACGAAACUGCGUACUAUGCUAUAAUCUUUGUUAAAGGAUCGUCUAUUGCUUUUUCAGUGUACUUUUUUAAGUUGCUAUUAACAAAUACAAGAGAUAUUUCCUUCGCUUGA